AUGAAGGGCGUGUUGGAGAUUCCGGACACUCUCGAGAUAUACAGAGGCGACAAUUUCAAAAUCAUCGAGCUGCUCACAAAGUGCAAUGCGCUCCAUCUCUGGCAGGUUCCGCGGCCUGCCAACACCGAGGCCAGAAUUGCGGCCGUGAGCGGCGUCAGCCAGGCUUCCGAUACCAACGGUACUCCGACCGAUCCCGACUCUAGCAUCAAGGCGGCGCUGAAAGCCGGGCAUGCUGCCGCCGAACGCAAGGUCUCCGCCAUCCAGGACACCAAGAGGGAUCUGAAGAGCAGGCUAGCAGUAGUCGAAGAGGCCGAGACCGCUGUGCUGGGGGCGCAGAAGGCCAUGGAAAAAUCAGACACCGCACUGCUUCAGUCACUGAUGAGCCUGCUGGCUAUGGAUAACUAUUGA